AUGAUUCAGCCGUGUCGGGGGUCAUUGGUUGAUUCUAUGUUCGACGAAAAGAAAAAAAACAAAAGAUAUGAAAACAGGAGAUCAUGCAGAAUCACCACUCGCCCAGGAACGCACAACUAUAUCGUGUUCUAUUCGACAGUUGAAACGACAAUGGCAAACACUGAAGAAAAUGGUUCCUGGUUUGUCCGAAAUAUCUGCACGUGUCUGAACUAUGCUGAUGAUGAGUCCUUGUUGAAAUUCUUCACCAUUGUUCAGAAUCGAAUGCAUCAAGCGUCACGCAUUUUCACAACCUUUGAAAAAAACACUCCACUGGGGCAGACACCAGAGCUCAAAAUGUUUACACAGGACAGAAAAUUCAUAAUCUCAAAGCUGAAAAUACCAGCAAGAGCUAUUUCAAUCACUGAUGGGUAUGGUGAAGUGAGCAAAGUCAGAAAUGAACGAUUUUCUGAAUAUUUCUCCUGGAAAUCGGAUGAAGGACGAGAUAUCAGGGGUCGCAGAGGUUUCAUUUUAUCCGCGGUCAAAAGCACACAAGUGCAAGACGUGAAAAGAGCUCUUCGUAUGCUAGACUUCGAAAUUACAGACUGGAAACUGAGUCGACCAUCCAUGGAUAUAUAUUUUAACAUGGUGUCCAAGUUGGAACCAGACGUGGGCUGCAUUAUGACCUGCAUAUUUGGCCCUGUGUGUAAAAACAAACACAAAGAGGUUUGCGUGCGCGUGGAAAACGGGCAAGAGAUUCCAAUCUCGAACAUCCUACACAGUUUGGUCGGCCCAAAAAACGAUAAAUUGAUCGAGAAGCCGAAAAUUCUGUUCGUUGUCAACAUGGAAGCACUACAAACAGACAGUUUCUCUGCUGUGGACAUAGAAGAUUUACAAGUCUCUGCUACAAACCACAGUGGUUGGCUUGUCUUGAUUUUAAAACACGAAGAUGCAUUAAAGGAGCUGAUUGAAAUCUUUGAAAACAUCGGCGAGAAUAGCCUGCAAGAACUUCUAGAGCCUCUGCUAACUCGUGAGUCCAAAAGAGAGGAUGUGGUUCUUCUGAAUUCAACUAUGCAGUAUCUCAUCAAAUUUCCUAAUUGGAUAAGAGCAUUUGUCAAACCAGAUUUCAAGUUCAAAAAGACACAAAACCAACGAGGCCAAAUGGAUAAUUCUGAAAAUUCAACGAGAAAUCCUCUUGCGGAGAAGAUCAAUUUUGAUGCAUUAUUGAAAAUGGCCAAUAGAAUGUUUGAGGAAAACAAAAAUUCGAUUGAGAGCCAUAUUUGGAGUCCACAUGUUUCAAGCGAUAUUGAAUCUUCGAAAGAGUUGGAUCUCGUCAGAGACUCAGCAGCGAGAGAUAGAACUGACACGAGCAUUCUUUGGCUGUUUAAUUCAGUUGCUGGUGCAGGCAAAUCGACCGUUCUCAAAGAAAUGAGGCACCAACUCACCAAUCACGAUGGAGGGUUUAAAAUACUGCUGAUUCCUCUGAAAGAAAAUGAAUGGUACUUGCUUGAAAUGCCUGCAUUGAAAGUGGAUGAAAUCGAAUUCCUCGCAAAGACAACUUGCAAUUCUCAUGACGACAUCAACAACUGGAUUAAGAAGAGAGAAGUCAUUGUUUUCCUCGACGGAUUUGAUGAAGUGUGCCCAAAUUUCAGAGAAGAAAUGAUCAACAUUUUGAUUGCAUUAAAUAAUGCAAGAGUCCCACUCUUCAUCGGGACCAGGCCUCACGAAGUGCACCACAUUCAAGAGAGGAUAGAAAACUCGAUGGCAGUUGAGAUCGAACCACUGGAUGAAGAAAAGCAAAAUGAGUUGAAGCAGAUCGUUGCCGGGGGCGGAUUAAGGCAACGCACGAGAAAUGAUUAA